GCAGAGGAUAAGAGGCCUCACAAAACAUUAAGCAAUCCCUGCCAUCGUAAAGAACGCAGCAUGGCCUUGUUGUACCAUCUCCUCCUCCUCUCCGUCCUGCUCCCAUUUUGUACCGCUGCCACCGACUCCAUCGGCCAGUACUGUGCCAAUAGCUUCAACGGCAGCAAAAUCCAGGCCAACAUCGACCACGUCCUAUCUAAUCUCGUCGCAAAGGCUUCGGUCGGUGGCUUUGCGACGUCAUACUCUGGUGAAGGAAGCGAUAUAAUUUACGGCCUUGCGCAGUGCAGGGGAGAUGUUAGCUCCGAUGACUGCUCGACGUGCCUCACGGCUGCGGCAAAGAAGCUCCCAACGGUCUGCCCAGGCCAAGCCGAUGCGAGGAUUUGGUACGACUACUGCUUCAUGCGCUACGACAACGAGAACUUCAUCGGGAAGGCCGAUACCGGGUAUGCGAUAAUUUAUAUUAACGUCCAGAAUGCCACAGAUCCCGAGGCUUUCGACAAGGAGGAGGAGAGCCUGAUGAAUAAGCUGAAGGCGGAGGCGGUGGCGCCGGGAAGCAAGGGAUUCGCAACCGGGAAGACGGAGUUCACUCCAUAUGUGACCAUCUACGGGCUGGAGCAGUGCACAAAGGAUCUCCAGCCACUGAUGUGCGCCCAGUGCUUGUCGUCGGCGCUGGCCAAAUUCCCCGACUACUGCCGGUUCCGGCGGGGGUGCCAGGUGCUUUAUAGCAGCUGUAUUGUGCGCUACGAGAUUUAUCCCUUCUUUUUCCCUCUCGACUCGCGCCCGACUACUGAAGUUGGCCAGUACUCCAAGGCCAUCUUGUUUCCGUAACGUGGAGCGUUUCAACACGUGCCUCUGUAGUCAAAAUAUAUGAAGAUAUAAUGCAUGCCGAUCUUGUUGACUUGGCAGAAAUAAAGAGCUUGUGAUAGGAUUUUCACGAGUCAAACACUGGUAUUAAUUGGUA